AAAGAGGGCGGGGCCGCGAGGCGAAGAAACGCCGAAUUGAGAAGGGAGGCCGCAAAAUGGCCGCCGCCGCCACCGCCUCAGUCGCCUCUUCCUCCUCUUCGUCGUCGUCCUCCUCCUCCUCUUCGUCGUGCUCGUCCUCCGGCGCGGCUCCGGCUCCGGCUCCCGUCGCGUCCGUUACGGAGAGCAAGAAGCUGGCGGACCUCCGCGUCAUCGACCUCAAGUCCGAGCUGAAGCGGCGCAACCUGGACACGGGCGGCGUCAAGACCGUCCUCAUCGCCCGCCUCAAGCAGGCUAUUGAAGAGGAAGGAGGAGACCCAGAUAAUAUUGAAAUAGCAGUUGCCGUUGACACACCAAACAAGAAACCAACCAAAGGAAAAGGUAAAAAGCAGGAAAUGGAUGAACUAAGCGGUGAUGCUUCAGUGGAAGAUGACUCUUUGAUCAAGGAGAGUGAUUUGGAAGCUCAAGAAGCAAGUGAUCAAGAUGGAAAUGAUGAACUGAAAGACUCGGAAGAAUUUGGAGAAAAUGAGGAUGAAUCCUUGAAUUCUAAAGCAUUGCCUGCUGUGGACAAGAAGAAAACUAGUUCAAGGCAGACUGAGAAGGACCUCGAGACCCAGGGCAACAACGUGCAAGAUGCAGAAGAUGAUGGCUUCACUACCACCCACGAUGGAGAAGAAGAGCAUGAGAGAGAUAAAGCAGGUUCUGGUGAUGGUACACAAGAAGUAUCUAAGCCUCUUCCUUCAGAAGAGAGCCUAACUGAGGCUCAUGAAGAGAUGGACGCUCACGUCUCUGUCAAAGAAGCAGAGGAUGAUAAUAUUUCGGUUACAAUCCAGGCCGAAGAUGCCAUCACUCUGGAUUUUGAUGGGGAUGACCUUCUAGAAACAGGUAAAAAUCUGAAAAUUACAGAUUCAGAAGCAAGCAAGCCAAAAGACAGGCAGGAUGCCAUUGCGCCGAAGCUGGAGAAGGAAGGCAAAGACUAUGAGAUGACUGAGAACCAUAAAGAUGGUAAGAAGGAAGAUGGCAUGAAGGGGGAUCCUGUCAAGAAGGAAGCCCGAGAAAGCUCGAAGAAAGCAGAAUCUGGAGACAAAGACAAGGAUACUUUGAAGAAAGGUCCCUCGUCUACGGGGGCCUCUGGUCAAGCAAAGAGCUCUACUAAGGAAUCUAAAGAAAGCAAGACGACAUCCAAGGAUGACAAAGGAAGUGCAAGCAGUGGGAGCAGUAGCAGCUCUACUAAGAACCUAUGGGUUAGUGGCCUCUCCUCCAACACAAAAGCUGCUGACCUGAAAAACCUCUUUGGCAAAUAUGGGAAGGUGCUUGCCGCCAAAGUGGUCACCAGUGCCCGAAGCCCUGGAGCCAAGUGCUAUGGCAUUGUGACCAUGUCCUCAAGCACAGAAGUGGCCAGGUGUAUAGCCCAUCUUCACCGCACAGAGCUUCAUGGGCAGCAGAUCUCCGUUGAGAAAGUAAAGGGGGAUCCUUCAAAGAAAGAGUUGAAGAAAGAAAGUGAUGAGAAAUCUGGCUCUAGCCGGAAUCCUGGAGAAAAGAAGACCACCUCGAGCGACAAAGGCAGCAAGACUCCCUCCAAAAAGGAAGAAAAGAAAUCUGACAAAUCUGAGAAGAAGGAAAGCAAGGAUUCAAAAAAGCCAGAAGGUAAAGAGGAGAAAAUUGACAAUGGAUCCAGCGGCCCUACUCAAGAGCCUGAUAAAAAGCCUGAGGAAAAGAAGCGAAAAAGUGUAAAAAGUCCAAGUCAUAUGGUAAUUCUAGACCAAACUAAGGGAGACCAAGUUCACAACAGACCCAUAAGAAGGGGAAGGUUUGAGAAACCACCAAUACUGAGGAACAAAGAGCGUUUUUUCCAAGAUAAAAUGAAGUUCAGAGACUACCGAGGCAGAAAGGGCAUCUUACCUUUUGAGAAGAUGAAGGAGCAAAGGAUGAGGGAGCACAUUGUCCGACUAGAACGAAUACGGCGGGCUGUAGAGCUGCGAAGGCGAAGGGAAAUUGCCGAGCGAGAGAGGCGCGAGAGGGAGCGUGUCCGGCUCAUUCGUGAGCGCGAAGAGCGUGAACGUUUGCAGAGGGAAAGAGAACGCUUGGAAAUCGAGAGGCAGAAGCUGGAGCGAGAGAGAAUGGAACGAGAGCGCUUGGAGAGGGAGCGCAUUCGUAUUGAGCAGGAACGUCGCAAGGAAGCAGAGCGGAUCGCUCGCGAAAGAGAAGAGCUGCGGCGGCAGCAGCAGCAGCUUCGCUACGAGCAAGAAAAAAGGAAUUCCUUGAAGCGGCCUCGUGAUGUGGAUCAUAGGAGAGAUGAAUCCUACUGGAAUGAAAGCAAAAAGAUUUCCUUGGACACUGGAGCACGUUUCAGCCAUGGGUCGGAAUACAGUCGGCAACAGAACCGGUUCAGUGACUUUGACCACCACCAUGAGAGAGGGCGAUACCCAGAGGGGUCUUCUGUGCAGUCAUCCUCAUUUGACCGACGUGAACGGUUUGUCAACCAAGGUGAUGGGAAGAAGGCUCGGCCAACCACCAGGCGUGAGGAGCCUGGGUUCGAGAGAUACCCCAAGAACUUUGCUGACUCCAGAAGGGAGCCUCCCCAGCCCAGAAAUGAGCUCCGAGACAGCGACAGGCGAGAAGUGAGAGGGGACCGUGACGAGAGGAGGACAGUGAUCAUUCAGGACAGGCCUGACAUACCCCAUGGCCGACACCCACGAGACCCUGGGCCCAAUCCCUCCCGACAGAGUUCCUGGAAGGGCGAAGGAGGCAUCAACCCUGACAAGCGUGAUGGCAGAGACAGGCCAGAAAGGUCCAGCAGAGAGGUCUUUGGGCACGCCGUAAGGGGGGGUCCCACUGGAAGCCGCAGCAGCACCUCUGGCUACGGAAGCAGGGAUACGGAGCGUGGUGUGAUGGAGCAUGGCAGUGGCGGGCAGCAUUAUAAUGAUCGCCAUGUGGUUGAGCGGCACAGCCGUGAUGGUGGACCAAGGAAAGAGUGGCAUGGGCCCAGUUCGCAGGGGAGCAGCUAUCACGACACAAGGCGCACGGGGGGUGGCAUGAUGUCUCCCCACUCAAGCAGUUCUUCACCCAUUAACAGAGUUGUACAGAUUGCGGGGAAUUCUGUGCAGCGGGGAAGCGGUUCGGGGUUCAAGCCGUUUAAGAGCGGACCGCCACGGAGGUUCUGAGCAGCUGCUCGCUCCUUGUCUUGAAGAUAACUUAUUGGAAAUCUCUUGUGAACAAGACGCCUUAGCUAAGAAAACUUGUCUUUUUUUAAACGUAAUUACUUUCCCCUCUCUUUUGGAGGCAGUUUAAAUAAGGUAGGCUGUUUGGUUUUGGAUAGUUUAUUGUACUUUUUGGAUUGAGCAUUCCCACCCCCUGCCUCCCCCGGUAACUCUAGGUGCUCUGGAACCAAUUGGAACAAAACCACAUUAACGCUGUACAAAGAGAGGAGAUGUUUUGCACCCACUAGUCUUGACUUAACCAGCAUUAGUUCUGUGAUGUCCCGCUUUUAAAAAAUUAGGUACUUGCCACAAAACACACCAAUAACGAAGCUGUACAUCAGCUCCUUCCCUGCCGGCUUUACAAUGUGUAGAGAAAUAAGAUUGGUUGUUGCAUUUCUGGGUAUUAUGUAACCUAUUUUUGCAGAAGUUGUUACACGGAGUGAAUCUGUAUCCUGGCCAAUGUAUCCUUUUGAAAUAAACCUUCAUAAUCUGUA